AUGAAUCGGGGAUCCAGGGAGGAGCUCCUGGGGAGCUCCCAGGAAGCCCUCAGGAACAGCCAGCACGAUUUACGCCAGGUCUACGAGAAGCCGCUGACCCGAGAAGAGAAGUCAUUUCUACUAAACGCAGACCGAGGAGACUACGCUACUGUUAAAAAGUUGAUAGACCAGUAUGCGUCCGCGCCGGAGGUCCUGGACAUCAACUGCGUUGACCCCCUAAACCGGUCAGCGUUGAUAGCGGCAAUUGAAAACGAGAACAUAGAGCUUAUCAAGUUGCUCCUGGCAUCCGGCAUCAAGGUCAAGGACGCGCUUUUGCACGCCAUCAAGGAAGAAUACGUGGAAGCGGUGGAACUGUUGCUGCAGUGGGAGGAGGAGCACCACGUCCCUGGUGAACCAUACAGUUGGGAGUCGGUAGACACCGCAGCGGCCACAUUCACAUCGGACAUAACUCCCCUGAUACUGGCCGCGCACAGGAACCACUACGAGAUCCUCAAGAUCUUGCUGGACAGAGGCGCCACGUUGCCAGUGCCACACGACGUCAAGUGCGGCUGCGACGAAUGCGUUAAAUCUUCCCAAGAGGAUUCCCUGCGGCACUCCCAGGCCCGAAUCAACGCGUACCGGGCCCUCUCGUCUCCCUCCCUGAUAGCCCUCUCCUCCGCCGACCCACUCCUCACCGCUUUCCAGCUCUCCUGGGAGCUCGGCCGGCUCAGCAGAAUGGAGACCGAGUUCCGAGUCGAAUAUAAGACGUUAAGACAACAAUGUCAGGAGUUCGCAACGUCACUGCUAGACCACACGAGAACGUCUCAGGAACUAGAAAUCAUGCUCAACUACAACCCCUGGGACGUUGACUGCUGGGAGCCGGGGGAGAGACAAACGCUCGGCCGCCUCAAAUUAGCAAUUAAAUACAAACAAAAAAUGUUUGUAGCUCAUCCAAACGUACAACAACUACUAGGAGCGAUAUGGUAUGAAGGCCUACCCGGAUUCAAACGGAAAAACAUUGUCGGACAAUGCGUUCAGGUUGCGAAACUAGGAUUCAUGUUCCCCGUGUACUGCACGAUUUACAUGUUGAACCCAGACUCAGAGUACGGAAAAUUCAUGAAGAAACCAUUCGUUAAAUUCAUCUCACACAGCUCGUCUUAUAUGUUAUUUCUCUCUCUUCUGUCACUCGCCUCCCAAAGAGCCGAAUUUCUGGUGCUGGAAUGGUCAGGAAUCCGUUGGCUUCAGGAGCUGGUGGCACAUUGGAAGGCACACGAGAGAGGCGCUCUACCGGGCUUGAUUGAAUUUACCGUCAUCAUCUUCAUAGCAAGUUUGAUAUGGGCGGAAUUAAGGUCACUGUGGAGCGGUGGUCUUAUGGAGUACGUCAGUGAUCUUUGGAACAUAGUAGACUUCAUCACGAACGUGUUCUAUAUAGCCUGGAUUAGUCUGCGCUUCUCCUCCUGGUAUAUUGUGCAGCGUGACUACCGCGCCGGCCUUGAUCCGUGGUACCCCCGUGAGCGUUGGGACUCCUUCGACCCGAUGCUGCUAUCCGAGGGUGCCUUCGCCGCUGGCAUGAUCUUCUCCUUUCUCAAGCUGGUCCAUAUCUUCUCCAUCAACCCUUACUUGGGACCACUGCAGGUGUCUCUAGGCCGGAUGAUCAUCGACAUUAUCAAGUUCUUCUUCGUGUAUAUGCUGGUGCUUUUCGCUUUCGGAUGUGGUUUGAAUCAACUGAUGUGGUACUACGCCGAACUGGAAAAGAACAAAUGUUACCAUACUCCGAGCGGUGUACCUGAUUUUGACAACCAAGAGCGAGCAUGUACUAUCUGGAGACGAUACGCAAACUUAUUCGAAACAUCUCAGUCACUGUUUUGGGCGUCCUUCGGUCUGGUGGACCUGACAACCUUCGAACUGACAGGCAUCAAGAGUUUCACCAGAUUCUGGGCGCUCCUCACCUUCGGAUCGUACUCCGUUAUCAACAUCAUAGUGCUUCUGAACAUGCUUAUUGCGAUGAUGUCCAACUCCUACCAAAUUAUCUCGGAACGAUCUGACAUGGAAUGGAAGUUUGCGAGAAGCAACCUCUGGAUGUCUUACUUCGAGGAUGGCGAUACGGUACCACCGCCAUUCAACAUCGUACCCACACCGAAGCAUUUCAAGGGCUGGAUCGAGCGAUUGUGCUCUAAAAGGGAUCGGGGUUCUAUUCUAAGCAAAUCUCGUGAGAAAGCGCGCCAGGAGCACGAGGCGGUGAUGCGCGUGCUGGUGCGACGAUACGUCACGGCGGAGCAGCGUGCUCGCGACGAUGUCGGCGUGACCGAGGAUGACGUGAUGGAGAUUAGACAGGACAUAUCCACGCUGCGGUUCGAGCUUAUCGAUAUACUGCACAACAACGGAAUGAAGACACCGAGGGUCAACAUGCAGGAGACUACUAUAUCGGGGAAGAAGGGCAAAGUGAUGGAGAGAAGAAUUUUGAAGGACUUCCAGAUCGGCAUCGUGGAAGGGAUCAUUAAGGAUGUCAUAUCCAGAGAGAGCAAACCUAAGGACGUAUUCAGUCAAAUCGCGAAGGCCAUCGUCAGGAAAGGCAGCACGGAAAGUAAGAAACGCGACUGGAACGCCCUGGUGCGUACUAAUACGACCCGAAGGGACCCGAUCGGAAGAACGUCCGAAGCAGAUGACAGACGAAGCCGCCAGUCCCUUCGAGCUCAUAUCUUGGACAACGUACAGGCUAGGACCAUCGAUCCACAGAAACUGUUGGAAUUUAAUCCCAACCUAUCGUCUGUCAACCCAACUGCUAGAGUGGCGUAUGCCAAAUUUAUGAGGAGCAAGAUAAAAUCAGAUUUCACGGAGAAACAAAAGAGAGGCUCACAGGGGGAUAUCAGUCUGGUAGACGAGGUCUUUGAAGCAGAAACGCAACCAAAUGAAGCCGGCUCCAACAGGAAGAGUGGCAAAACUUUCCGAGCGAGGACACCCAUACCGGAAGCAUCAGAUGACGAAAAUUUAAAAGAUAAUGAAAUCAAAGUGGAAGCUGACAUAGAAGGCAAAGGUUCAGAAGGUGGAUCAGAAGAAACUAGAGCGGUGAAGUCUUCACAGGAACCGUCCACAUCGAGUUCACCUAAGCAGGCAACCACCGAAAAACCAGCGAAAUCCGAAACAAAAGACCACGUCAUACAAAUUGAGCCGGAAGGUGGCAGCCCUUCAAAGAGCUUGUACAUAACAAAGGAAGAGGAUUCGAAUCUACAAAAACCUAUUAAACCUACAACGAGCACUGCUGGUAAAUCUGAACAGAUUCUAUCCGCUGCAACGCUUGAAGAUCAACACAAAGAAGCUAAGACGUCUGAAUCUAAACCGGCAACUUCAACUCCGGAAGCAAAAACCAAACCUCCAGCCGUAAAAGUAUCUUCGGCCGAGGAAGGGACUUCUACAAGUGCUUCAAAGCCAUCAACUAGUACCCCUAAGCCGGCAGCCAGUAAACCACCACCCAUGGGUGACAAAGGAAGAUCUAAAGUAACUGGGAAAAUUGUGUCUGGCUGGCUU